AUGUCUACGGGCGCAAAGGCGGACGUGCGCCCAGCCACGCUCUUCCCGUUCCGCAGGCGUGGGCGGCUGCCUCUUUUCGUCGUUGCACCGGGCGGCAGACGGACAGGGCGCCAUGGAGGCCGGGGAGGGCGUCCAGGUGCGCGAGCGUGGACGGACGAGCCCCGGCCCCGGCCCCGACGCGGGGGUCUCUUCGGUGGCAGCUGCAGAGGUCUCGGCCCGAGGCCCACCCCUCUCCGGCACGUCCUACUGGCUGGACUUCUGGCUCCUGAUCCUCUUCGACCUGGUGCUCUUCAUCUUCGUCUACCUGCUGCCCUGACGGAGGAGGGCGCGGGCCCAGCCCCACAGGUGUGUCGGGGCGAGGAAGGGGAGCAGCCCCUUCCCCCCAGGGAGCGUGGGGGAAGCCGUACCGCCAAAAAAGAGGAAGCGAACAGUAGCCAGAGACACGCCCUCCUGGGCCAUAAAGCAGGAUCCGCGGCCAGGCUGUCCCGGGCCGGAGCAACCAGACCGUCGCCAGACAGACAGCAAGCCUUGCCUUCUCCCGGCCCCGCCCUUGCGCGGGAGGUUCAGGGGCUGUUGGAGCCGUUGCCGUGUUUAGGGCAAGCAUCUGUAUUCAGCCUGUUGGAGAAGAUGCAAGACUCCUUGUUGACUGUGGCAACAAAGGUCUACUCCAGAGCAUCCAACAUGGUCACUCCUUCAGCAACACAGCUGUGUAGACUGGCAAUAACAUUAGAAAAUUCUAACAUCACAAAAGAAGUUCUGUCUGUGACAACUCUGAACUGCUUUGCUAAGCCUCCUAAAUUUUGUGAUUAAUGAAAUUGGAGUUGUGAUGUUGUUUGGACUUUUAUUCUUCAGCUUGAAAUGCAAGUUGUGCCUUAUGUUACCUGUUACGGAAGUGGUUGAAGGUUUCAGCUAUGUUGAAAAUCAUAAUUUACAGUAAUUAUCUAUGCAUCCUGCACUUUAAUAAAGAAUAAUUUAACAAAA